AAAACUGCUGAUGAUCCAUCAUCCGGAGACUUCACUUUCAGAUUUAACGUUAAUUAUUUGUUACCUGAAUUGGUAAUCUACAGGGGAUCAACAAAAAUUGCCCGUAGUGGACCCUGGAAUGAGGUCUACUUUGGAGGAAUUCCCACGAAACCAAAUUUGAUCUUUGAGAUAAUUCUGGUGCAUAAUGAGGCUGAGUAUUCUUACUGGUACGAGUCUUUCAACAAUCCGGUUGUCGUGGUAGCGAAACUUAAUCAAUCUGGAAGGAAACAGUGGCAAAUAUGGAACGAGAGGAGUAAUAGAUGGGAUCUAAAGUAUUCAGCCCCGGAAGAUGUUUGUGGAAAUUACAGGCAUUGUGGUGCUAACAGUGUUUGCAGCAUUAACAAGACACCCAUUUGCAAGUGUUUGAAAGGGUUCAAAUCGAAUUCACAGUCUAACGAGACUUCUUCUCAAGGAUGCGUGAGAAGUCUGCCAUUGGAUUGUGAAGGUGGAGAUGGGUUUAUAAGGGUUGAUAAUGUUAAAGUGCCGGACUUGGUAGAUGUUUCACUGAAUGAGAGUUUGAGUCUUCAGGAAUAUGAGGCCAAAUGCUUGAGCAAUUGUUCUUGUAAAGCUUAUACCAAUUUCGAUGCAACUGGAGAAGGCAGUGCCUGCUUGAUGUGGUUUGGGGACCUAAUUGAUAUCAGAAAGAUUGUUGAGAACAGAGGGGACACAGGAUUUCUACUUACGGGUGCCUGCUUUAGAACUAAGUAUGUUAGUUUUGUGAUUUAA